AUGAAAAAACACAACCAGUCCUGUCUCACCGAGAUUCUCCUACUAGGCUUCUCAGAUUUCAAGACUAUACAAGAACUUUUAUUUUGCCUGGUUCUAAUAUUCUACUGCUUGGCCUUGAUGGGCAACAGUCUGGUUUUGAUCCUCACCAUUGCCAGACCUUGCCUUCACACCCCAAUGUACUUCUUCAUCUGGAAUUUGUCCUUUUUGGAAAUUGGCUACACCUCGACCAUUAGCCCAAAGAUGCUAGUGAACUUAUUAUCAGAGAAACGGACUAUUUCCUUUUGGGGCUGUGGAUGUCAAAUGUGUUUCUUUGUUCUAUUUAGUGUCACCGAGUGUUGUCUUCUUUGUGUCAUGGCCUAUGAUCGCUAUGUUGCCAUUUGCAAACCCUUGCAAUAUCCCUAUAUCAUGAACUUCAGGGAAUGUGCUAAGCUUGCUGCUGCCUCAUGGACCUUUGGGAUUUCAAUGGGUUUGGGGCAAUCUAUUUCAAUCUUCACCCUUCCCUUCUGUGGGUCGAAUAGAAUCAGCCACUUCUUCUGUGAUAUUAUGCCUGUUCUGAGACUGACUUCCACCAAUACCUACAAAAAUGAAGUGGCCAAUGCCACUCUAACAGUGGUAUUUGUCCUGAUACCCCUUUUGCUCAUCUUCUUUUCCUACAUCCUCAUCAUCUCCACUAUUCUCAAGAUGCCGGUGGCCAAGAACAGGCACAAAGCAUUUUCCACGUGUUCCUCACAUCUCAUUGUUGUUCUCCUAUAUUAUGGAGCAAUCGCUGCUACCUACAUUCAUCCCAACUUGGCAAAUUCUGGGGACAAUAACAGGUUCCUUGCCCUGCUCUAUACAGUAGUGACCCCAAGCUUGAACCCCAUUAUUUACAGCUUGAGAAAUAAAGAGAUAAAAACUGCUUUCAAGAAAUUGGUAGCAAGGAAAUGGGUCUUCCUUAGGUAA